AUGAAAGAUUUGAAAAAUUUACUUGAAGAUCACAAAGCUGAAAUUAUAACUUUGAAUGCCGAUAUUGAUUCCUACAAAAGUAUGAUCCAGGAACUACAAGAUAAGCUUACUAAUCCAGUUGUCGUGAUUGGUGAUAACGAUAUCGACAGGCUGAUUGCAAGUGAACAAUUAUUUAUUGCCAAUAAUGAAAAUAUAAAGAAUGUCAUUCUCUCACUAAAAACUGCUUUAGAAAAGAAAAACGAAGAAUUAUGUACGUUAAAGAAUACGUCGAAUACAGAUUCUAGCGAAACAUUAACCACUAUUCAGGAACUACAAGAACAAUUAGCUGCGAAUGCUCAGGUUAUUCAUACCCUAACACUAGAAAAAAGUCAGCUGAAGUCUACAGAACAACAAUUGUCAGAAAAGCUAUUAGAUCUUGAAAAUGUAAAGUUUAAUGUUGAUAAAAUUAAUAACGACAGCACCAUUCAGAUACAACUCUUGAAGGAAGAAAAUAACAACUUAAGGGCAGAUAUAAUUACUUUAAAAGGAAAGUACGAAAGUGAAAUUACACAUAUGACCGAAAAAAUAAGAAAUUUGGAAAGCGACAUAUGUUCAAAACAUGAUGUUAUUCUUACUUAUGAUGAUAAAGUAAGUCUACUAGAGGUAAUAAAUAAGCAUGAAAUAGAAAUAAUGCAACUUAAAGAAACGUUGAAUGAUUGUAACAAAAUAGUAGAUAGCUUUACAGAAGACCUUAUUGAGUAUAAUAAUUCAAAUAUACACAAGGAAAUUGGCGAAAAUCUUGAACCAAACUCUGACUUACGAAAUAAAAUAAGAAACUUUAUUGAUAUUGUGAAACAAAUACAAAAAACACUAUUACAAAGUAUUGAUUGUAAAAACGUUGAAAUAGAUGAAAUCAAGCAAGAUCUAAUUGGAAAAGGGAUAGAAUUAGAAGAAAAAUCUUCAUUACUCGAGAACAACUACCAAGUACUUCACAUUAUUGAGAAUAAAAUUAGAAAUGUGUUAUCAAAAUUGAAUAUUGAAAGUCAACGAUUUGAAGGAAAAGACCAAAUGGAACAUAUAUUGCUGAUGGUUGAAAGUCUAGUGGACUACCAUAAGACAAUAACAUCAGAAAAUGAGGAUAAAAGUACACAUAUAGAAACAAUUAUAUCCGAGGCUAAAGCAGAAAUCAGUGCAUUAACCCAAGAAAACAUUAAAUUAAAUAAUGACAUAUUACAGUUUGAAGUUGAUAAGGCGGGUCUGUAUAAGGAAAUCAACACUGCAAAAGAUGACAAAGUGCAAAUAAUCCAAGACCUAAAGACCAGUAACAGGAUAUUAGGUGAGUUGCAGGAUGAUCUUAAGUCAAAAACAAGUGAAAUCGAAAUUUUAGAGAAGAAAGCCUUACAAUGGAAGGAACAGUUUUUGAAUUCUGAUACAAAAGUCAAACUUCAGUUAAACGAAUUAGAAAGUGAUAACAACAAGCUCAGAGAACAAUUAGAAAGAUAUAGCGCUCACAGCCUGACAGUUUCCAGUGACAAUUAUAACCAAUACGACAUUAAUUCGAAAGGAAAUUCCGAAGAAAUUCCAGAGUUACAGUCGCCCCCAAGUCUUCUUACUAUUUGCUGUAAUAGAAUAUGUGAAGCGAUACAGCCUGUAGAAAGCGAUGAUUUAAAUUCAGUUCCUUCUGACGCAGGCGUGCAGUGUAAUUGCAGAUGCACGGAACUAUCAUCUGAAAUCGACAUUUUACUUGGGAACAAAAAUUAUUUAGAAAACGUUGUUGAAAAAGUGCAGAACGAUAACAUGAACCUAUUAAAAGAACAAGAAGAUGCUCGAAGAGAAAUUCAAUUACUUGUCGAUUCAAUGUUCGAACUGCAAAAGAAAAUCGUUAAUCACAGAACAAACUUAUCGACGUUAACGGCCACUACCUACGCCGAGAACAAAUCUUUAACUUCACAGCUCAAAUUUCUCCAACAUUAUCAUAGCCUUUUUUACAGGUCUUGCGAGAAAGAUAUACCUGAGUUUAAAAAACAAUUACAAGAUCUUUUAACCAUCCUUAAAACUGAAUAUUCGAAUAAGCACAACGAUAGCUUUAGAAGAUACUCGCUACCCAGUGCUCUAGAUAAUAGUGUUUUACAAUCGCUUAAAUACGAAUCUCUACUUGAUGGGGACCUGUUAAUGUUAGACACUAACAUUACUCUAACUACUUGUGAUAAUACCGUGGUUGGCAAUGAUCAAACUUUGGAUUUAACCCAAAUAUCUAAAGAAGUUAGCUGUCAAACGACCAGUACUAGUGAUGUCUUCGAAACCGAUUCUGCUUUAUUUGAAAUGAAAACUGCAUCUAAAAUAUUACAAAACAUUGAAUCCAUUAAAAUGGAAAAUGACAAAUUAAAAGAGGUAGUAGAAGAAUAUGAACUUAUGAAGGUUAAUAAAUCGAAGUUAGUGGAUUCAGCUAAUAGUCCCUUGAAAACACCACUAGCUAACAUUCAAGGUGAUAAAACUUGUGACAACUGUAAACGGCUCCAGGAAAUAUUAGAUGCCAGGAACAACAUUAUACAUGAAAACGAAUUGCUUAAACAAAAAUUGUCUGAAACGAUUACUAUAAAAACGGAUUUAGAGUCCCAGUAUAAUAAUUUAGUUUUAGAAAUACCGUCAAUCGACGCCUUAGUAGACAAAUUAAAGAAUACAGAAAAGGAGACCGUUAUUAAAUCGUCCGAAAUAUUAAAACUUACGAAAUCACUAGAUGAGAAAAAUUUAGAGCUGAAAAAUUUACAAGAGGAAAAUAACACUCUUUCUAACCAAUUAAUGGAAAACAUAGAUGAAGCAGAUAGUCUGAAAAAUGAAGUAGAGUUAUUAAAGAAACGUAAUACAGAAAUAACACAAAAAUAUUCCGAGUUACACAAAAGUACAGAUUUACCUGAAAAAGAAAAUAGUAACGACAGUGAAAACUACAUAAAGGAAUGUUCAGAAUGUUUAAUGAAAGAUUCCAUUAUUACUUCUUUGAAAAGCAAGCUUAUAUCUGAACCAAAUCAGAUAUUGAGUAGGAGUUACAGCGAAUCGGAAAGCUCAUCUCGUUACAACAAAAUUUGUACUCUACAAAAUGAAAUUCACGCCGGUAAAGAGGACUGUAAUGAGCUGAAAAACGAAGUCAUCAAUAUCAAAAACCAUCUAGACAGGAGUAAUGUUGACCAAGCUAUGGACUUAGAUGUCAGUAUGGGGGACUCGUUUAAAAUGUCCUUCAAUAAAGAAUGCGAAGAUGUUGAGGAGUCUGUGAACAAAUCGAUUAUCCACGGCAUUCCAGAAGAACGUCCGUCGGACAUAUAUACUUUGGACAAAAUAGAUUGUGUUAAUUACUGUAUAGAUAAAACCGGUUUGAACAAAGAAAAAUUCACUUGUGAUAUGAAAAUUAUUGAUGUCAUGCAAAUGUUACACACUAACUUCAUUACAAAACAUAGUAAUGAAGUGGAAAACUUAGUGAAUCAAUUAAAAGAUCUGCAGGAGUCUAGAAACUCGCUACAGUUUAGAGUGAAUAAUCUUAUAGAUAGCCAAGAAAAACUAAGCAAAGAAGUAGAAGAAAAAAAUACAUAUCUUCAAACCAUGGCUAUAGUGGUAUCUAACAUCAAAAAUAAUCUAUUAGCUCUAAACACUGUAUCUGAUGACUGUGAUGAACUGGUUUUCAUUGAAUAUUAUAAAGACAAUUUCUGUAAAAUUGUCGAUAAAGAAUUAGGUUUAGAAAGUCUUAAAGUAUUUGAGAAUAUUGUCAAUAUAAUAGAAGAAAAACAUAAGUCAGAAAUUAUAAGACUAUCACAAAAUGAUAAACUGCAACAAAGUCAAAUACAACAUGUUACUGAGGAGUUACAAUCUCUUAGUAAGCAAUUGGAGGCUCUUAAGUCUGAAAUUAAAAAUAAGGAAAAUGAUUACAACCUUCUGCGUUUACAAAAACAGCGAAUACACGAAAUCAGUAACGCGGUGACACUAGACAUAAUUAAAAAGGAAAAAGGUCUUCGUGAAACCAUCUCCAAAGUAUACGAAAAGUUAGCGCAGCAGAAUCUUAUUGAUACGCAAGUUGUAAAUGCCUCGGCACCUGUCAAUGAUGUCAUAUCGGAUUUAUUAAACAGCUUGUUACAAAAGCAAACCAAUUCCAAUGUUCAAAAAGAAAAUAGUAACCUAUUAUUGGAAUUAACCGAUAUAAAACUUCUGUUAGAAGAGAGAAAUAAGCAAAUAUGCGAGUUAAAAGAUAAACUAAGUGACGUAAACAGAAAGCACCGCGAGGAAGUAGAUAAGAAAGAAAAAGAAUUGCAAGAGCAAGUAGCACUGCACAACAUACUAAGGAGUACUUACGACAAAAAGGUUGAGGAAAAUGAGGCUAACAUAAACGUCAUAGCUAAACUUACUGAUGAGAUAAAUAUACUUAAAGGCACGAUUAUUGGAAAGGAAUUGGCAAUACUAGCUCUAGAAGAUAAAUUACACAAUCAAAAGCAGCAGAGCCCUUCAAAGAACACACAACUGUUGGAGGCAUUACAGCAGUAUAAGGAGGAAAUAGAGAAAUUAAAGUCAGCAAACGACAUUAUUCAAAAAGAAAAGGAAUUAGCAUGUGAACAGUUACAACAGGCCAAUGAUUUAAUACAACAAAACAAGGUUGAAAUUGAAAGAAUCACUUCAGACGUGUUGAUCUUGAAAGAGACAGUCGAUCACAGCUCGAACGACAUGGAGGACUUGAGGCUUGAGGCGAGACGAUUAUUGGAGCAGAAUACUCAGCUGAAAGAACAAAUGAAAGAGAAGACAAAAGAGUUGUCACGAUUGGAGACAAACAUCAAGACCUAUCAAAAGUCAGCGGAAAUAAGUUGCAAGAUGAUUACAAGACUGAAAAAGGAGAAGGCAGAUGUUGAGAAAUCGAAUAGCGAACUAGUUGAAAAAGUGGCAGAGUUAACGCGAGUGGUAGAAGAACUAAACGCAGAGGACAAAUUAUAUCUCGACGAGGUUAAUACAUUGAAGACAGAAAAACAGAGCUUAGAGGAACGCAUAGCCGAACUGGAGACAGAUCUAAAUAAACAACGUUUGUCGCUGGACAUCAAUGCUGGUUUGAGGAGUCGAAGACAGAGUCUUUAUGACUCGCUGAGAACAUUCUCGGAAAGUGAAGAAGAUCCAAAGAAGAUCGAAGCGGAGUUCAAGGCCCGAAGAUGCGACGACAAUUUUAUGGAUGUGGACGACAAUUCCAAUAGAAGCACUCCUAUUAAGCUUCCCAAAGGUCGUGACAGCUUAGCUUCGAGACAAGAUCAGAGUGAAGAAGAAGGAUCACGUGCUAGCAGCGUCCAGGCGAUCCGGCGCAGGCGCCAAAGCAUUCACGACGCGCACCGAAGCGUGAGCGCUCUCGAAACAUCAAGACGACACAGCGCUGACCGUAAUAAUGAAUCGUCAAGCAGCGAUACCACCGGUGAGGUCAGCAAGUUGCGAAAACAGCUCUUACAAUGCAAGGAGGAGUUGGAAGAGUGGAGGGACAAGUACCGCGAAGUCGACGAAGAGUGUGAGAUCUGCGCGCAAUAUCUUCGCGAACGUGACGAACAGUGUCGCAACCUCCGGUCAGAUAAGCAGAACCUAGAGGCUUUGAUCGACGAGUUGAAACAACAAUUACAAGUAGUCAAACACGUGAAGAACGAAUCUGUCGAAGCAGGUGUCAACACAGAUGAAGAUUGGGCGAAUCUCCACUCAAUAGUCGUCGACCGGAUGUCGUAUGAUGCGGAAGUGGAUAAGAACAAGAAACUGACGAAAAUCGUAGAGGAACUCCGAUUCCAGAAACAGGAACUGAAGGUCACUAUGACCAAAAUGCAGAAGGUGUUGGAUUCGAAUUCGUUCAGGGAUAGGGAACUGGAAACCGUAAAAUCGGAACUGGCCAAUUGUAGGAAACAAGUCGCCGAGUUGAAAGAGAGAAAUCGCGAGCUCGACGAAGAGUGUGAAACGUGCGCGGAAUAUCUAAAGGAGCGAGAGGAGCAAUGUCGGAAGCUCAAGGAGGCGAAGAAAUCGUUGGAGAUAAAACUACUCGACUAUCAAGAUAGCAGCGUGUGUCUGUCUGUCCGUAAAAAGCGUCAAAGUCUGCACGACCAAAACAGAGUGCCGAGAACUGACGUUGUCCAUGUUGCUACAGAUACUGGCGACGAUCUAAGCAACACUGCUUUGGAGGAAGGUGAAUGCUGCAAGAGAACGGCAGAAAUACACGCAGAGGAGUUGAGACGUCUUAGACUGGCAGUGGAACGGUCGUCGCAGCAAAAGGCUGCUCUUGAGCAGCAACUUGUUGCGAUAUCGGCUGCUACCCCUCUCUACGUGUCAACGGGUAGUGCUAUUGUCCAGAAUCAACAAAUCACCGACGUCUUAAGAGAGAAUCAAAAGUUAAAGAGCAUUAAUUCGAAAUUAAUGAAAAUAUACAAAAAAAGCAAAUCUCUUAGCACCAAUAGGGAGAAUGAAGACCCCGCUGAUGAUACUAACACCUGA